AGGUCACACUGAGUGUUACUUAUGGUUGUUGGCGUUCAAAGCCCAAAAGGUCAAAGUUGAACUUCGAGAUCAACACACGACAAAGAUAUAAUACAGAGCUGUUUCCCAACACCGAAGAAGAACACAUACUGCUAUGCACCAUAUGUGGACUAGAGUAUACAUACAUGUAACGUUAUAUCUAUCAUAAACUGCACUGGAUUAUAAGUGCUUGGAAUUGAGGUGAGAAUGCCACACGUGAGCGCAACUAUGUUAGUGAUAUGGAGGAGAGUAAGUUUGUGUAGCAUCCCAGCUGUAAGAACCAGGACUUGUGUGAGAUGGCAGACACACACGGUGUCUGUGGUGGGAAAGCGCCAUGCCAGCAGUAAGAAGUACAGCGACACUGUUCUCCUCCCGAAGACAACAUUUCCCAUCAGGCCUAAGAACCCCGCAGCUGAAGAGGUGGAAAUCCAGAAGGUUUGUGGAUUCUCUGAGCUGUACUCAUGGCAGAGACAACAGGACAGACAGAAGGACUUUAUACUCCAUGACGGACCACCGUAUGCUAAUGGUGACCCUCAUGUGGGACACACCCUCAACAAGAUCCUUAAAGACAUGAUAAACAGGUACAAGCUGCUGCGUGGAUACCGUGUAGACUACAGACCAGGCUGGGACUGCCAUGGCCUGCCCAUAGAGCUGAAGGCACUGUCAGCAGGCAGGGACAACUUCAGACAUCUACAACCUCUGCAGAUCAGGAACAAAGCAAAACAGUUUGCAGAGAAGGCCAUAAGGAGUCAGGUGGAUGCCUUUAGGAGGUGGGGAGUCAUGGCAGACUGGGACAAUGGAUGUUACUUCACAUUUGACAAGCAGUAUGAGGCAAAGCAACUGGAGGUAUUUUACGAAAUGUAUGAAAAGGGCUAUAUAUACCAGGACUUCAAACCUGUAUUCUACUCCCCUUCUUCAAGAACUGCUCUUGCAGAAGCAGAGUUAGAGUAUAAAGAAGACCAUAUCAGCCAUGCAGUGUAUACCAAGUUCCCGCUAGCCACGUUGUCACCAGGCUUGAAGGAUGUAGUAGGAGGAAGACAAAACAUUUCAGUCCUGACUUGGACCACCUUACCCUGGACCAUCCCUGCCAAUGAAGCCAUGUGUUACACACCUAGUCAUGAUUACUCCCUGUGCCAGUGUAAGACAACAGGACAGUUGUACAUCCUGGCCUCUGAAUGUGUAGAAAGUACUGCCCAGGUCCUCAGCACACACUUGGAUGUCCUCAACACUUUUCCUGGUAUUACACUAGAAGGUAGUACAUGUCAGCACCCUACCAUCCAUGGUAAGGUGUCUCCCCUGCUGCCAGCCCAUCAUGUCAGCAUGGCCAAGGGUACAGGAUUGGUGCACACCGCACCUGCACAUGGCAUGGAGGACUACUCUGUAGCACUGGCCUUCCAGCUUCCUGUGUUCACUAUUGUUGAUGAAGAUGGUAAAUACACUGACCAGGCUGGACCAGACCUUCAGGGCAAGAACAUCUUCUCUGAUGGGAAUGAAACAGUUGUAGAGCAGCUGAGAUCAGCUGGUAACCUGGUACAUGAGCAGGACUACAGGCACAGUUAUCCAUAUGACUGGAGAACCAAGAAACCAGUGUUUAUAAGGGCCAGUCUACAGUGGUUCGUCAACACCAACAGUAUUAAAGACAGAGCCGUGGAUCUGCUAGAUGGCGUGAGGAUGUACCCUGAGGGAACAGCGGCCAGCAGUCUGAAAGCCUGGGUGUCCACACGUAACUACUGGUGCAUCUCCAGACAGAGGGUGUGGGGUGUGCCCAUACCUGUCUUCUACCACAGGCAGUCUGGGAAACCUCUGCUCACAAAGGAAUCAGUGGACCAUGUGGUCAGCCUGGUGAGGAGUCAGGGGACAGACUGUUGGUGGACACUUCCUAUGGAAGAACUACUGCCUGCUGAUGUCAUCAGAAAGGCUGGCCACACGGAUGUCAGUGAAUUUGAAAAGGGAGCAGACAUCCUGGAUAUCUGGUUUGACAGUGGAGUGUCCUGGGCUGCUGUGUUAGAAGAUUCAGGAGGAGUAGCUGACAUGUACCUGGAGGGUAAGGACCAACACGGAGGCUGGUUUCAGUCUUCUCUUCUCACUAGCGUGGCAGUGAAGGACAGCACCCCCUACAGGUCUGUAUUUGUACACGGCUUCGCGAUGGCUGAAGAUGGAACCAAGAUGUCCAAAUCCCUGGGGAACGUGGUGGAUCCAAACCUGGUGGUCAGCGGAGGAAAGAACAGAGACAAGCACCCAGCAUACGGAGCAGAUGUGCUGCGCUGGUGGGUGGCAGGGUCAGAUGUGCACAGCCAUGUCUACAUCGGUACUAACAUCCUCAACACAGCCAGGGACAGCGUGCUCAAGGUACGUCGGAUUCUGCGCUUCCUGUUGGGGAAUCUGUCUGGGUUCAGACCAGAAGACGCCGUGUUGUACCACCAGCUCCGGCCUGUGGACCAGUACAUGCUACAUGUACUGUAUCAGUAUGCACAAAAGGUAACAGAUGCCUAUGAAAACUACCACUUCACCAAAGUGCAAUACCUGACCCUGGGUCUGGUCACUAAGGAACUGUCCAGCUUCUACCUCAACAUUACCAAGGACAGGUUGUACUGUGAUGACCAGACCUCGCUGGGCAGGCGUGGCUGCCAGACUGUCCAGUUCCACAUCCUGGACGUGCUGACCAAGACUCUGGCACCUGUCCUGCCUCACCUGGCUGAGGAGAUCUACCUGCACCACACCUGUCUGGGGGAAGUUCAGAGUGUGUUCAAGUCAGGCUGGUUUGAGACUGACCCAGGCUGGCACAGACCUGACCUUGAGCCCCUGUGGAGAGUGGCUGAGGAUGUGAGAGAUGCCUUCAACAGGCAGAUAGAGUCAGCAAACCCCAGGCUGUAUGAUGUGGCCAUUUUUGCAUCAAGUACAGUCUAUGACAUGCUAAAUGUGCUGCAGUCUGAGGAAACGUCAUGUACCUCUGAUCUGUGUGAGAUGAUGAUGUCAUCUUUCGUCUCUUUGCACCCAGAGGACCAUCCAGAGAACAGUCCAAUAUCCGGGACUAAACAGACUCUGUCUAAAGUCUCACAACAUGAGUGUGUAAUGUCAGGUCCAGAUGGCAGCAAGGAGUUGGCCACCUUCACCCUCCACGUUUCUCCAGCCUCCCAUCAGAAGUGUGAACGCUGUCGGAAGUACGUGGCUGAAUCCCCGACUACACCGUGUGACAGAUGUCUGGCUGUCAUGGCUGACUCCUGGGCCACAUGACACGAACUAUCACCUAGUGUAUAUCUGAUAUUUUUCACAGUAAUUUUAUGUUCACAGUUUUCACAGUCACUUCUGUACUAUGAACUUUAUUUAUCAUUACUAUCAUUACCUUUAUCAUAUCAUUUGUCUUUCACCUCACUCCCCCUUCCCUGCCACUGUGAAAAUUUGGUUCCGUAAACAUGUUCAUUUUCCUCAGAACGUGAACAUGAAGACAAAGUGAAUUACAGUAUUUUUAGUUAUGAGAAGAAAUUCAUAAUUAGAAAAUAAUAAUUGGAAAAUAAUUAGAUUCAUAUGACAUGUACAACUCUAGCACAAAGAUGGACCAUUUUGAAAACAAUAUUGACAAAAGAUAAUAAUUGCUUUGUCUUUUAUGGUUAACAUAUUAUAAACUUUAUCCAUGUAGGAAACUUAUAAUAACCUUUAGCAUGCUGAAUCAAGUGUGGAUCAGUACCAAAUUUAAGGUAUGUAGGAUGCUGAAGGUUAAUUAUACAUUUUAUUUUCUGUUAAAAGUAUCCUUGUAAGAGAUAGUAGUCACACUUAUCAGGGUCCUUAUGAUGACUAGUGAACUGUUUUAAAUAAAUCCAUGUGCAAACAAAUUGCCUUUUACAACAGUGGUGUGUGAUGUACAUUUAUGCGGACCAUAUAUUUGACAUUAUAUUUGCCCUUGUCAGAAGGUGAUUUUUGGUUUUGGCUUGGUCAUUUUUUUGUCAAUAAAGACCUAAUUUGCAAACAGAGAAAAAUGCUAUACAUUUUGUAGAUAGUGAGCAGCAUUCUGUAUGGAACAAUUUGUCAUUCGAUGAUCAGUCAAGUGUGUGGGUAGCCAUGUUGGUGGCAAGCCUCCAACAUAAGAGAGACUGUGCUUUCGAGAGUAGUCAAGUGGUGUUUUGUUGAUUAAUUAUGUCAUGAUCAUAGAGUUCUUGUAAAUUUGGCGUGGUAGUUAAGCAACACUGGACUUCAGCACCCAACACUCGCUGGCAAUACCUAACUCCUAAGUAUGGAUUGUUUAAAACUUUGUUUCUUAGGAGGGAGAGGCAGACAAGACAAAUCCUAUUAAAAUGAUUAAAAGUUUUGUCAAUCCGGUUACUCCUGUCUAGUUCUG